AUGUACGUGGUGCCUCCGCCCCAGCGAUCGGAUCCGGCUUCCGGAUCCGCCGGCGCCUCCACUGAUUUGCGGGUCUACCAAAAUUGGAAAGGCAGCAAUAUAUUUUUCCUUCAGGGAAGGUUUAUUUUCGGACCAGAUGUAAGAUCACUGGGGCUGACCAUAUUUCUAAUUGUUGCUCCUGUCACAAUUUUCUGCAUCUUUGUUGCAAGAAAGUUGAUGGACCAUUUCUCACAUCACUUGGGAAUAUUGAUAAUGGUUGUCGCUGUGGUAUUCACAGUUUAUGAUUUAGUUCUUCUCCUGCUAACCUCCGGAAGAGAUCCUGGUAUAAUUCCCCGUAACACACACCCCCCAGAGCCAGAAGGAUUUGAUGGGAACGUAGAAGGUGGGGCUGGACAAACACCACAGUUGCGUUUGCCUCGCAUCAAGGAAGUAGAGGUGAAUGGAAUCCCCGUCAAGAUUAAGUAUUGUGAUACUUGUAUGCUUUAUAGACCUCCUCGCUGCUCCCACUGUUCAAUAUGCAACAAUUGCGUAGAAAGAUUCGAUCACCACUGUCCUUGGGUUGGGCAGUGUAUUGGGCUGAGAAAUUAUCGAUUCUUCUUCAUGUUUGUGUUCUCCACAACCCUUCUUUGUAUAUAUGUUUUUGCAUUCUGCUGGGUCUACGUUAGAAGGAUCAUGGGAACCGAGGACACGACAAUUUGGAAAGCAAUGAUUAAAACUCCAGCCUCUAUUGUCCUAAUAGUUUACACUUUCAUAUCAAUGUGGUUUGUUGGUGGUCUUACGGCCUUCCAUUUAUAUCUCAUCAGUACAAAUCAGACUACAUAUGAGAAUUUCCGGUACCGAUAUGAUAGGCGAGCCAACCCCUAUAACAAAGGAGUGGUUGAGAAUUUCAAGGAAAUAUUUUGUACCACCAUUCCCCAGUCCAAGAACAAUUUCAGGGCGAAGGUGCCAAGGGAACCUGGGUUGCCUCCUCGGUCAGGGGGUGGAGGUUUUAUGAGCCCAAAUAUGGGAAAAGCUGUGGAGGACAUUGAAAUGGGCAGAAAAACGGUGUGGGGAGACAUGAAUGCUGGGGGUGAUCAUUACGAAGGGCAACUUAACAACAAUGAUCGCUUAAAUUUAAAGGAUGGUGAAUUAGGUGAAGUUUCCCCAGAUAUAAGGACUACAGUCGAUGAAACUGUGGAUCGUGCUGGAAUACACCCCAGGCGAUCCAGCUGGGGAAGGAAAAGCGGAAGCUGGGAAAUGUCCCCCGAAGUUCUUGCUUUGGCAGCUAGAGUCGGGGAACCGAACCGCACGGGUGGGAGUAGCAGUGGUGGCUUGACAAAUGAGAACCGACAUACAUAG